AUUCACUGGUCGAAUACGCGCACAUGAGGGCGUUUUGGGAGUUCUUCAAUCUUAUAUGCGAGAUUGAGGUAAACUAUCAGCAGCUCUUUUUGCCGGACUCGAUCUGCUUGAGGGUCGAGAAAGACAAUGUAGCAAUGAAAGCGAUACGCAUGCUGAACUGGGCCCGGCGACGGACCUUCGUGCUACCGAGAGAGCUCCUUCAUAGGCAGCGGAUGCGCGCGAUCGGACACGCAGACACAGCCAGCAUUUCCAAAUAUCACAACAAAAGAACAUCCCCUUCUACGGAUCAUAGCACGGGUCAACCCGCUGCUUGUUCAUUUUCGACGACAGACGCCACGAUCGGUAUAAAGACAGUUCCAGAAACCACUUCCUCUUCUGCCAGUAGCAGUAACCCUGCUAAUGCGAAUACCGAGCAUCAAAUGUCACUAGCCCUAGCGAGUACAGAUAUCAACAAAGCAAUGGAAGUAGAUAUUGGAGCGGAGAAAGCGGAUAAGAUGGAGCUGGAUGGUGAAGAAGAGAAUCUCUCAUCAGAUCGAGGUGAUGCUAUCAAUAUGACAAGCCAGGAAAAUAUAUUCCUCCUUGCACCUGCAGUCGAGGAAGAAAAGCUAGCUCUUCUCGAUGCCAGAACUGGGACUUCUUCUAGUCCAAAAAUAACAGCUAUUUCGAAAGCGGAAGCCCGUGAUGCCCCAGAGAUCCUUGAUGUUGACAACGACAAGAGAAAAUUAACGACAGUGCCAAGCACGAAUACAACAAGCCUACUUCUACAAGAAUCAACAAGUACGAACAGUACAACAAGCACAACUACAACAAGCGCAAUGUUGUUGCAAUCUUCAAUGAGUGCCAGUACAUCAGUUCCAAGUAGUAAUAUAACGGGAAGCGCGUGUGUAAGCGUAUCUUCUACCUCGUCUGCAGUACCUACGCUUUCGCGAACAGCUCUCAACGAGGAUCCGUGGUUGGCUUCUCGAGGCACAAUGGAUCCACAGGAGUACUUCUUGAUACGCACUAGAAACUUGCGAAAUCUAGAGGACGACGAUCCGGAGGACUAUACGGCAGACUGCGUUGGUUUUACCCUGCAUUGUUCUGAUGACAUCUUUCGAAACAUCAUGAAAUUCGUCUAGUAAUAACUACUGCUCUUGUCGUUCUCUACAGCUCGUUCUUCCGUGAAUUCUGAGGGUUUUGAUUUCCCUUAAAUCCUUUGUGACAAGCUAGAUUAGUAGAUCUCUUAAAGGAGAUCAUCGGGCGCGCGCCACCGUCCAACCCGCAAUUUUUUAGUCCUGUGUAUUCAAAAAGGUCGAAAAAUUGUAAACUAGGGUUCAAUGUCGAGUACUGUACACAUUAUAUCGAUAAUCACCUUGGUGAAAUAUCAGAGCAACUCAAUGAUUGAUGUGAAAAAUCUCAGUGACCACUAGUAACACUUGGUAUGAGCAUGUAAACAACUUUAUAAGCGCCAUGUUGUUCAAGUUCAAUAACAGUGUUGUAUUCGGAGUUCGUUAGCAUCCUCCUCAUUAUUUGGCAAUUUGACGUAUUUUGUGCGAUAGGUUGGAUCCCAAUCCUAGAGCACAGCGACUACAAGCGCCACAACAUUCAUCUAAGUAGAUUAAAUUUUCCCGACAAAAGGAGGGCUCUGUUGAGUGAAGAAAUCUGAGGUGGAGAAAAUUUUGUGUUGUC